GGGCACGGUGUGAUCUCGGUCCUUCUUCUGCUCCCCAGCAAAAGAUAUGGAGAUUCUAUGGAUCGUAAUUGCUUACAACUCAAUUCAUGGGGAUCGAAACGGGACCAAGAAGUCUUCAAGUCUCGUAAUACUAUUCACCUUUAUAGCCUCUAUACUCCGAUAAGCGCUGGACUUCGGAAAGUUGAGGCCGGUGUAAGCGGGGUUUCCAGACUUGGACGCAAGGACAUGAUGGUGUUCGUAUCCGAGUACGAUCGUGGGUGGUCACGAUCGGCUGUCUAUAUAAGUUCUAACAUACCCACGGUGAUGAGGGCUUCUGUGUUGUCCAACAGCCUCACGCCACACAUCAAUUCACUAUGGCUUCUCCAAGGUCGCUCUUGCUGUCCUCGCUUCUGCUACUGCCUGCGGUUAAUGCCCAGGCAUAUGACUCUGGCGCUCGUGAUGAAGAUGCUUUCAGCUAUGUUCAGCCUGAGAAUACUACCAUCCUGACACAAUAUGGCUCUUCGCCAGCUGUCUACCCUUCACCCAACAUCUCUACCACGGGUAUCUGGGCGGACUCUGUUGCCAGAGCCAAGGCUUUUGUUGCUGAGCUUACUCUGCAAGAAAAGGCUGACAUGGUCACUGGUACUCCCGGUCCAUGCGUUGGAAAUAUCUAUCCCAUUCCGCGUCUCAACUUCUCUGGUCUUUGUUUGCAAGAUGGUCCGCUUUCCAUCCGUGUUGCCGACUACGCCAGUGUGUUCGAAGCUGGUGUUACCGCCGCCAGUACUUGGGACAAGCAGAUUCUCUACGAAAGAGCUUACGCUAUGGGCGAGGAGUUCAAGGCUAAGGGUGCCCAGAUUGCUCUUGCACCCGUUGCCGGCCCUCUGGGACGUUCUGCAUACUCCGGCAGAAACUGGGAAGGUUUCUCUCCUGAUCCCUACUUGACUGGUGUGGCCAUGGAGGAGUCUAUCAAAGGCUUCCAGGAUGCCGGUGUUCAAGCAACCGCCAAGCAUUACAUUGGUAACGAGCAGGAGACCAUGCGCAACCCAGAAUUCGACGCCAAUGGUACUCUGACCGAUGUCACAUUCGAGGCCCUCUCUGCCAACAUUGACGACAGAACCAUGCACGAGCUUUACCUCUGGCCCUUCGCCAAUGCUGUCAAGGCCAAUGUCGCCAGUGUCAUGUGUUCAUACCAGCGCCUUAACGGUUCUUACGGCUGCCAGAACAGCAAGGCCUUGAACGGUCUCCUGAAGGAGGAACUUGGCUUCCAGGGUUAUGUCAUGUCCGACUGGGGUGGUACCCACUCUGGUGUUGCUGCUAUUGAAGCUGGUCAGGAUAUGGACAUGCCCGGUGGUAUCGGCAACUAUGGACUGCACCCCGAGGCCGGCUCUUUCUGGGGCAACAACGUCACCACUGCCGUCAACAACGGCACCCUCGAUAUUACCCGUCUGGAUGACAUGAUUGUCAGAAUCAUGAGUCCUUACUAUUACUUGGGUCAGGACGUUGACUUCCCCAGUGUUGAUGAAUCCUCCGCAGACCUAAACACCUUCUCUCCUCGUGACACCUGGCUGAAGGAGUGGAACUUCACUGGCGAGUACAGCCGUGAUGUCCGUGGCGAGCACGGCGCAGUGAUCCGCAGGCACGCUGCUGAGGCUACUAUUCUUUUGAAGAAUGUAAACAACGCUCUUCCUUUGAAAGCACCCAAGUCGAUUGCUGUCUUCGGCAACGAUGCAGGUGAGGAUACCAACGGGGCCUACAUUAGUGAAGACUUUGAGUACGGUACCCUUGCUGUUGGUGGUGGUUCUGGUACUGGUCGCUUCACCUACCUGACCACACCGCUCGAUGCCAUCAAAGCUCGUGCCGCCCAGGACGGCUCCCUUGUCCAAUACUGGCUCAACAACACCCUGAUCGAGUCCUCCGACGUAUCCACUUUGUGGAUCCCGUCAACUCCUGAUGUCUGCAUUGUUCUCCUUAAGACCUACGCUGAGGAAGCUGCAGAUCGCGAGCAUCUUUCCGUCGACUGGAACGGUAACGACGUCGUUACCUCCGUUGCCAGCAACUGCAGCAACACCAUCGUCAUCACUCACUCUUCUGGUAUCAACACCCUACCAUGGGCUGACCACGAGAAUGUCACCGCCAUUCUGGUCGCUCAUUACCCUGGUCAGGAGUCGGGCAACUCCCUUGUUGAUGUUCUCUACGGUGAUGUCAACCCCUCUGGCAGACUUCCCUACACCAUUGCCUACAACGGCACUGACUACAACGCGCCCCCUACUACUGCCAUCAACACUACCGGUGCCGAGGACUGGCAGUCUUGGUUCGACGAGAAGCUUGAGAUCGACUACCGUUACUUUGAUGCUAACAACAUCUCGGUUCGCUAUGAAUUUGGCUUUGGUCUUUCGUACUCUACUUUCGAGAUCGCCGACAUCCAGACCGAGGCUCUCGCCGACGACAUCACCGAGGCUGCCGAGGCUCAGGCUACCGCCCCUGGCGGUAACCCCGCCCUUUGGGAGUCUAUUUACAAUGUCACCAUCUCUCUCAGCAACACUGGUGAUGUUGAUGGCGCCACUGUUGCCCAGCUUUACGUCACUUUCCCCGACAGCGCCCCUGAAGGCACCCCACCAUACCAGCUCAGAGGCUUCGAGAAGGUCUGCCUGGGCGCCGGCGAGAGUCAGACUGUUGGCUUUGAGUUGAUGAGACGUGAUCUCAGCUACUGGGACAUCAUCUCCCAGCAGUGGUUGAUCCCCACUGGUGACUUCACCAUUAGUGUCGGUUUCAGCAGCCGGGACUUGAAGGAGGUUGCAACAAUCACUCCUGUCUCCGCCUAGAGGAGGAGGAGGAGCCUUAUUAGAUUAGUAAUGAUAAUGAUAGCAUGAAUAAAUCAUGAUUGACCAAUCA